AUGCCACUCCUCUCCUCCACCCUCCUCCUGCGCACCCACUCCCUCACCCUCCUGACCUGCGCCUACUACCUCCUGACCUCGCCCACCCAGCUACUGUCCUCGACCCCGAUCUGGCUGCUCGGGGAGAGCAUGAGCGUGCGGCCCGCAGGCUACGCCCCGGAAAGCAUACCCCAUGGCGCGGGCCCGUCGGGCAGUGCAGGAGCUGGCGGCUCGCGGACGAGCAUGCCCAUGAGAGGGCCGCUAAUAUCGGGACCGGGACAGGGUCAAGGGGCCGUCGUCGCGCAGUCUGAGAGGGAACUGUUCGCGCUCCUGGGGCUGGUGGUGUCGGUGUACGCGGUCACGCAGUUCCUCUUUGCCGGGGAUUUGUCCGUGGUUCAGGGCACUGCUGCCACGACUGCAUCGUCGUCCUCGAUGGGCACCAGGGCGAGCGGCGCCCGACGCCUGGACUCCUCCUUCGCCGCCGCCGCCGCCGCUGCAAAGUCCCCCUCGCGCUACGCCGAAGAACUGCACACCCUCUUGACUGCCCAGUCACGCUGGCUGACGCUCUCGGCGAUCCACGUGCUGGCCUCGUCGGCGCUGGUGUUUUGGAUUUACAUGUUCCACUCGCACGGUGCUUCCGAGCCGGUAUCUUCAACAGCUUCGGCUGAGUCGUGGACGUCGCUGCUGUCAGGAUUGAAUCUGCUAGCGAAUCGAGUCGUCUUCACGAUUGGGCUGGCUGAUAUGCUGUUUUGGGGUUACUUGUGGACGGUCUUGAAGGAGGAGGGGCGGGAGGUUGCCAAAGUGUUGGCCAGACGCAGGGAGGCAGAAGACGAUGAAUGA